GCGCGCACGGCGGCCGCGGCAGAGCGGCGGCGGCUCGGCCCGGGACAAGUACCUCAGUGUCACUCUGGGUCCCCUUUAAGUGAGACGAGGUGAACAUUUUAUAUACAGAAGAGAGACUCCAGUCGACAAAACCAACAGUAGUUGGAAAGGAACGAUGCUGUCUUUAAAGAACUUACAAAACACCGUCUACAACCCGACAAUCCCCUAUGUUGGCACCAUUUCUGAGCAGUUGAGACCUGGGUCUCUGGUUGUGGUCCGUGGGCAUGUUCCUAGUGACGCCGACAGAUUCCAGGUGGACCUGCAGAUCGGCAGCAGCGUGAAGCCCCGGGCCGACGUGGCCUUCCACCUCAACCCUCGCUUCAAAAGAGCCGGCUGCAUCGUGUGCAACACUCUGAGCCAGGAGAAGUGGGGGUGGGAGGAGAUCACCUACGACACCCCCUUCCAGAGGGAGAAGUCCUUCGAGAUCGUCAUCAUGGUGCUGAAGGACAAGUUUCAGGUGGCCGUGAAUGGGAAGCACACCCUGCUCUACGCGCACAGGGUCAGCCCCGAGGGCAUAGACACGCUGGGCAUCUACGGCAAGGUGAACGUCCACUCGGUUGGCUUCAGCUUCAGCACGGAUUUACAAAAUACCCAAGCAUCAAUCCUGGGACUAUCAGAGAUAAACACAGAAAAUGUGGAGAAGGCCGGCAGCUCACCCUUUCCUAGUAAUAGAGGAGACAUUUCCAAAAUCGUCCCCACCACUGUCUACUCCAAGAGCAGAGACUCGACCGCGAGCCACACCAGGACUCGCACCCAAGUCCUUCCUACCAACUAUUUGUCAAAGAGCCUGCCCUUCAGAGCCAGGCUGCACUCCCCGCUGGGCCUCGGGCGGACCAUCGUCGUCAAGGGAGAAGUGAACGCCAACGCCAGAGGCUUUCAUGUGGAUCUGGUGGCCGGAAAAUCCAAGGACAUCGCCCUGCACUUGAACCCGCGUCUGCACGCGAAGGCGCUGGUGAGGAAUUCCUUCCUGCAGGGGGCCUGGGGCGAGGAGGAGCGGACCAUCACCUGCUUCCCCUUCAGUCCCGGCAUGUACUUUGAGAUGAUCAUUUACUGCGACGCCAAGGAGUUCAAGGUGGCGGUGAACGGGGUGCACAGCGUGGAGUUCCGGCACCGGCUGCAGGACCUGGGCAGCGUGGACUUGCUCGAGGUGGACGGCGACGUGCAGCUGCUGGAGGUGCGCAGCUGGUAGCCACUGCUGCCCCCCGAAAUACACGCGGCCUCGGUGACCCCGGCCUGUCCACACGCCCGAGUCCUCGCGUUUGUUGUUGAGCCCUGGGAGGGUCAGGCCCCCCUGGAGUCCCCUGCCGCCCCCACCCCGCCGCCAGCCGAGGCCCGCGGCCACGCGCCUGCUCUGCAGCCGUGCUCGCCAACGGGCGUGGGCCCGCGCGUGUGCCGGGGGCUGGGGCAGCAGCGGGGGGCUGGGCUUCCCCCCGGGCAGGUGCGGUGCACACUCUUCGCACCCCUCCAGGUGAAGCGGGGUGAAGUACUGAACAGUGAGGACCCCAACCCCUCCUGCACCACGCGGCCCCAUCCCUCGCCAGAUCCCGUGGCCGCAGCUCAAGCGUAACUAACGCCUCCCGUAAGCUUCGCGAUGGCGAAUGCCGCGACAUCAGAGCAUAGCAAAGAAGGCGAAACCAAACCCACCCCGAGGACACCCCAAAGCACGCGGGGGUAACGGCAGCCACCUCGAGGGCUGCGCGCCGGGCCGUGGCGAGCUCGGGCGGGCCAGGUGGAUUCGGUCAGUAGGAACCGGGCCCCCGCAGGGCGAGGCGAGGCAGGGCAGCACCGAGGCAGCGCCGCUGAGCAGGUGGCUGAGGCCACGUCUUGUUCUCACGCAGGCGCCGUCAGGCCUGUGCUGACACGGCGCACAGCUGCGUUCCUGUCAGCUUUCUAUUAUGUAGAAUCUUGACAGGUCACAUCUCGUUCAAGAUUUCAAAGGCUUGGACGCGGGGCAGAACGGUCUAAACCAGCAGUUGGAUUAAAUUACUGCAUCAAAUUCUGCCGGGGUUCAGGAGUGUUUUCUUAACAGACUUGGAUAUUGUUUGCACCCCAUAUAUUAAAUACCAUAACCAAUCCUCUCUUCAACAUUACUGUGUUGAAAGUGCUGUCCUUUAACUC